AUGAAAAAACUUUUUUAUUCAAACUAAAUUAAUUAAGCUUAAAAUUUAUAAAAUAUAUGCCUUUAACUUUAAUUAAACGUGAUUUUCAUUUAUAAAAGCGAAAAUUAAAUUGGGAAUUAUGGAGCCUCUACUAUUGGUACAGCACUUGGUAAGUGCAAGUUCCUUACUAAUCUCGAUUUUGAUAUUUAGAAAAAUCAAAUUGGUGAUAGAGGAGCAUAAAAUAUUGGAUUAGGUUUGAGUAACUGCACUCAAUUAACAAAUUUAGAAUUUGGGAUAAGCUAAAAUUAAAUUGGGGAUGAUGGAGCUUCUACUAUUGGUACAGCACUUGGUAACUGCAAGUUCCUUACUAAUCUCAACUUUUAAAUUUGGAAAAAUCAAAUUGGUGAUAGAGGAGCAUAAAAUAUUGGAUUAGGUUUGAGUAACUGCACUCAAUUAACAAAUUUAGAAUUUGGGAUAGG